CAGAGGUAUUAGAAAGAAUAGGAGAACAGAGGACUCUAUGGAAGUCGAUAUUGCAAUUCCAGCUUAAUUUGAGCCAUAUGUUAGGUAUAAUCAACAAUAAGUUCAGUGCUAUCCAGAUCCCGAAGGAUUCGAUUUCCAGAAAUUCUAUGAGUGCAACAAAUGUGAAAAGUGAUGGUCCACGAGACUGUAGAGAUUGAUAUUUUUAUUUUUAAAUAUUUUUUGCUUGGUAUUAAAAUAUUUCCGUUUUAGGAAUGGGAUUGCAACUUUUAAUUCAAUUAGUCACAACUAUUUUCAAUUCGUGAAGGACUCAAUACGUUAAUAUUUAUCUAUUGGUGUUGUAAAUAAUGAUAUCUAAUAAUAUAACGAAAUCGAAAAUGAACAUUGCAAAAUGUUUUACUUUUCUUUCUUAUAUGUUUCUAGAUAUGUUACUGUUAGAUAAUCACAAUUCGUAUGGAUAAGCUAUAAGCAGUUUUCAGCUCGAAUACUGUAAUAACGACUACAUUUUCAUGUAUUCUAGAUAAUUUCUGAAACACAUCAAGUUUUAACAAUAGUUGUUGUUAACUUGUGAUAAAACUCAAUAACUGAAAAUAUCCGUAUCAUAAAUUUUAUAAGUAUACAUACGUGGUUUGGCUUCGGUAUAAGCAGGUGCGUUAUUAAAAAUUAAAAACAUGGAAUCUAUAUUACUAUCAGUGUUAAUGACUAUACUAGCGCCACUGGAAAUGGGCAUUUUGUUAAUAUUUUUAAUUUUCAAACAGAAGUAUACGUAUUGGGACAAUUUCGACAUUGCCGUAAAACGCCCUCAGUUUCCUUACGGAAGUCUAGGAAGUCCGUUUAAUAAAACCUCACCUGUACAUGUUGCAAUAGCAGACGCUUACAAAUAUUUUAAGGAAAAUAAUCAAAAACAUGGCGGAAUAUACAUAUAUUUUUCUCCACUAUACCUGGUAGUAGAUCCCGUCAUCGUCAAGAACAUCCUUAUCAAAGACUUCACAUACUUUUCCGACCGCCUUGCCUACUGUAACAAGAAGCAUGAUCCCUUAAGUUAUAAUUUAUUGAUGACCAAUGGCCAAGAAUGGAAGGAUAUGAGAACUAAAUUGACACCAAUUUUUACUAGAAAUAAAUUGAAACUAAUGUUUCCCUUGUUCCAAACGCAUAACGACAGAUUCGUAAAGAAAAUUGACGAAUAUGUAAGAAGAAUGGAACCCGUUGAGAUAAAAGAUUUGGCGGGGUGCCUGACAACAGAUAUUAUUGGAAGUUGUUCACUUGGAGUAGAAUGCAACAGCCUCGAAUAUCCUAACUGCAAUUUUAGAAAAUUUGGAAAACGGUUUUUCAAUGUCACACCGUUUCGCUUUCUAAAAGGAGCAUUCAGCAGAAGUUGUCCUAAUUUGGCAAAGGCUCUAGGACUGGUUGUAUUUCCCAAAGAUGCUUCCGAUUUUCUUAUAAAAGUUGUGGACGAAGUCGUUGAUCACAGAAUUAAAAACAAUGUAAAACAUAACGACUUUUUACAAUUAUUAAUGGAAUUAGAGAAAAACGAAGCCAAUGAUAAAGUUAAAAAAACUAACAUUGCGACCCAAGCAGCGAUGCUCUUCUACUCUGGUUUCGAAUCAACCUCGUCCACCAUAACACUUGCAAUAUACGAACUCAGUUGUAAUCCCGAAAUACAGGAGGAACUUCGCAAAGAAGUGACUUCGGUUUUGGAAAAAUAUAAUGGAAUAAUAACUUACGAGGCUCUUAUGGAAAUGGGAUACCUUGAUAGGGUUGUCGACGAAACAUUAAGAAAGUAUCCUGCCGUCUCUAUUCUGUUCAGAAAAUGUGCACAAGAUUAUCACGUAGAAGGUACCAAUAUAACAAUAGAAAAAGGGGUAAUAGCAUGUAUAUCAAUUUUGGGAAUACAUAUGGAUCCGGAAUAUUAUCCAAACCCGGAAGUGUUCGAUCCUGAACGUUUUACUGAAAUAAAUAAAAGUAAACGACCUCCUUGCACGUAUUUGCCGUUUAUCGAAGGACCCCGCAAUUGCAUAGGUCAGUGUACACAUAGUAGACUUAGUUCGAAAUCUCAUGAAUCUCGAUCUCAAAUUUGGAUUAUUACAAGUGCGUUAUUAAAAAUUAAAAACAUGGAAUCUAUAUUACUAUCAGUGCUAAUGACCAUACUAGCGACAUUGGGAAUGGGCAUUUUGUUAAUAUACAUAAUUUUUAAGCAAAGGUAUACGUAUUGGGACGAUUUCGACAUUGCCGUAAAACGCCCUCAGUUUCCUUAUGGAAGUCUGGGAAGCCCGUUUAAUAAAACCUCAUCCGCACAUACUGCAAUGGCAGACGUAUACAAAUAUUUUAAGAAAAACAAACAAAAACAAGGCGGAAUAUACGUAUAUUGUUCUCCACUUUAUGUAGCAAUAGAUCCUGUCAUUGUCAAGAACAUCCUUAUCAAAGAUUUCAACUAUUUCUCCGAGCGCCUUGCGUACUACAACAAAAAAAGUGAUCCCUUUAGUUUCACUAUACUGACCACGAGUGGUCAAGAAUGGAAAGAUAUGAGGACUAAAUUGACACCACUUUUCACAAUAAAUAAAUUAAAAACAAUGUUUCCUUUGUUGCAAAUUCAUAACGACAGAUUCGUGAAGAAAAUAGACGAUUAUGUAAAAAGAAUGGAGCCCGUUGAGAUAAAAAAUCUGGCGGGAUGCAUGAUAACAGAUAUUAUUGGAAGUUGCUCACUUGGAGUAGAAUGCAACAGCCUCGAAUAUCCUAACUGCAAUUUUAGAAAAUUUGGAAAACGGUUAUUCCAUUUCUCACUGUUUCGACUUCUAAAAGCAACAUUCAGCAGAGGUUUUCCUAAUUUGGCACGGUCUUUAGGACUGGUUGUAUUUCCCAGAGAUGUUUCACAUUUUUUUAUGAAAAUUGUGGAUGAAGUCGUUGAUUAUAGAAUCAAAAAUAAUAUAAAAUAUAACGAUUUCUUACAAUCGAUAAUGGAAUUGGAGAAAAGCGAAAAAGACGAGAGAGUUAAAAGAACUAAUAUUGCGGUGCAAUCAACGGUGCUCUUUAGCGCUGGUUUCGAUUCAACCUCGUCCACAUUAACAGAUGCCGUGUACGAACUUGGCUGUAAUCCUGAAAUACAAGAGAAACUGCGCAAAGAGGUGACAUCGGUUUUGGAAAGACAUAAUGGAGUAAUAACUUACGAGGCUCUUAUUGAAAUGGAAUACCUCAAUAGAGUUAUUGACGAAACAUUAAGAAAGUAUCCUUCCGUCUCUACACUGGUCAGAAAAUGUGCACAAGAUUAUCACGUAGAAGGCACCAAUGUGGUCAUCGAAAAAGGCGUAAUAGCAUGCAUAUCGAUUUUGGGGAUACACAUGGAUCCAGAAUAUUAUCCCAACCCGGAAGUGUUCGAUCCUGAACGAUUUACUGAAAUAAAUAAAAGUAAACGACCUGCGUGCACGUAUUUGCCAUUUAGUGAUGGACCCCGAAAUUGCAUAGGUAUCAAAUUUGGAUUACUGCAACUGAAAUUUGCCUUAGCAAAUAUUUUGAAAAAUUUUAAGUUUUCUAUUAAUUCGAAAACUGGAAUACCUGUAAUGGAUUCGAAAGCGUUUACAUACAGAUUUUCUAGUGAUAUAUACGUUGACUUUGAGAAAAUUUAAGCACAGAUGUACUAUUAACAAUCAUUAAUUAGUAAUAAGUAAAUAAAAAUAUAUUUAUAUAUGGUUGGU